AUGGCUAAAGACGCUGACUUUGCAAAAGCAUAUAACGUGUUCAUUUCAAAUAUGAUCGCUAAAGGUUAUGCAGAAGAAUGUGCUCCUGAGAACGCCAACCACACUAAAGAUAAACAAUCUUCUUUUAAACAUAAGCUUCGUGUAGUUCACGACGCCGCAGCAACGAAUGAGGGCGUCAGCUUAAACUCUUUGUUACUACCUGGCCCAGACCUGCUUCAGCCCUUGUUAGAUAUUUUACUUCGGUUUCGCGAGGGCCGUAUUGCUCUCACUGCUGAUAUCCAGGAAAUGUUCCCUCAAGUAAGGGUCAGGGAACAAGAUAGGGACGCCCUCCGGUAUCUCUGGAGGUCAAGCAGAGACCAACCUAUAAAGGAGUUUAGGAUGACAGCCAUCGUUUUCGGUGCGUGCCGCAGCCCAUUUAUAGCGCAAUUUAUCAAAAAUAAAAACGCUCGUGAGCACGAAAUUUUACUUCCUAAAGCAGCUCAUGCUAUUUUGUACAAUCAUUAUAUGGACGAUUAUAUUGACUCUCUCGAUGACAUUCAGUCAUCGAAGAGGCAGCACAACUGGCGGCAAAUAUUGUUGGCGUUCACAAUGAUGCCUGCUUCGAGCUGCUGGUCUGGAUUUCCAACGACCCAUCAGCGCUAA